CAGGGUGGGACUACUGAAUGGAAUAUUUCCCCUUCUCUACAGCCAGCCGGCCCCCCCACGGAUUUCAAGGAUUUAGGAUCCGUCACCAGAGACAUUGCACAGUGGGGGAAGAGUGUCCUUGGCGUGAUCAUCACUGCAAGUGACAGGCCAAGCCAGUGAGGAAAUGGUUGCUGACUGUGGCUGAAUCCACAGCUGCCAGAAUAUGCAGCCCAGGGGCCUUCCUGGCAGUGCAAAGGCAGCGGACUGCGCCAAGGAGCUGAUCACCACGUUGUGCACGGGGGUUGUGGCCGGGAGGCAUGGUGACAACUUUCAAGAUUGCCGUGCUGGGUGCUCAAGGGGUCGGGAAGAGUGCCAUUGUCCACCAGUUCCUGUACAACGAGUUCAGCGAGGUCUGUGUCCCCACCAAGGCCCGCCGUGUCUACCUACCUGCCGUGGUCAUGAAUGGCCACGUUCACGACCUUCAGAUCAUGGACUUCCCGCCUAUCGCCUCUUUCCCUGUAAAUACCCUGCAGGAGUGGGCGGACGUGUGCUGCCGAGGCCUCCGGAGUGUUCAUGCCUACAUCUUGGUCUAUGACAUCUGUUGUUUUGACAGCUUUGAGUAUGUCAAAACCAUUAGGCAGCAGAUCCUAGAAACAAGAGUCAUUGGAACCUCAGAUACUCCCAUCAUCAUUGUUGGGAACAAGCGGGACCUCCAGAAAGGCCGGGUCAUCCCCCGCUGGAAUGUCUCCAACCUUGUGAAGAAGACAUGGAAGUGUGGUUACAUUGAGUGCUCAGCCAAAUACAACUGGCAUAUCCUCUUGCUCUUCAGUGAACUUCUGAAGAGUGUGGGCUGCGCACGAUGUAAGCACGUUCACACUGCCAUCCGCUUCCAGGGGGCCCUGCGGAGAAACCGAUGCACCAUUAUGUGAAACCUUAAGGACCUGCUAUCCCCCUCACCAUCUCUGAGGGCAGCUUCUCCCCACUCGCCUGCCAUGUGCAUGGGAACCCUUUUCUUUUUUUAAAAAUCUGGAUUCAGCUGGGGUAGAAGUUCUUAACAAGCAGCUCUGCCCUCAAAGGAAGCCACAGCCCUUAGCCUCAUUGAGGCCAGCUGGUUUUUGAUUUCUUUUCUUGCUGAUCCUUGAAGCAAUGGAUGGGUUGAGGAGGUUUGCUUCUUUAUACAUGGGAAUCCUUCUGUUUGGAUCAUUGGCCAGGAGGUCUACAGAUGGAGCAAAAAUGCAGAAAGUCAACCUGAAGAAGAGGAUGCGUCUAGUUCAAAUGUGGGAUUAGUUAAUAUUGUGUGAAUAAUGCAAUGCAAAUUAAGAGGAACAAGUGACCUCUUGAUAUAGAACUAGGCAGCCAGCCCAAUGGGGAUGGGCAAUCUUUGGCCCUCCAAGUGUUGCUAAACUGCAACCUAGCAGUCUUAAGUGGUAAUGCAAGAAGAGCAUAAUGCCGGAUGUUCUAAUUCGGCAACAUCUAGAGGCCCACAGAGCAUCCAUUCUCAUACCAGGUCAGAACACCUGUAAUGCAAGAUCAUUUGCAUCCUGGCUCAGAACCACGGUGGGAUAUUUCAGCAGGAAAGAGGAGUAUAGAAUGAAUGGGUAAAAGAGUUGAGCCAAGAAAAGCCAGCAUAGAUGGGAGUGAUAGGGGUUAGUAAGGGUAACUGACAUGAAAGGAUGGCAUCUCUCAGGUCAUAUGUAUGUUGAGAUGGUAGAUCUGCUUGAGGUAUUUAACACUACAUGUUUAUAGAGAUUGGAGAAGCAUUUCAGUCUGGGUAUAAAGUCAACUGGAUUUGCCACUAAACUUCAGAAGUUCUGAUGAUGUGAUAACAUGAGUCCAUGAGAUCUAAUUUGCUUAUAUUUACACAUUUUUCCAGGUGCACACAAACCAUUUUUGUACACUUAAAAAUCAGACUAUACACUUCUGGCUCCCCUGGUGUUGCUGAACUACAACUCCCACAUGCCUCACUGUUGUCCAUGCUGACCGGAAGAUGUAGAUCAACUAUGUAUUCCUGCCCCUGUUAAGACUUCUAUCAUUGGCCAUGGUAAGCAGAGGCUAAUGGGCAAUAAGGUUCAGCCACAUGGACAUAGGUUUCAACCUUUGUCAUAAUAAAUGAUGUAGCCUUGUUAUUUUGAAUUACGCUUGAUACAAUCAUGGUGCCCAAGUCCCAAAGGUGCUUUUUCCAAAAGCAACUGGACUUUGUUUUUCCUUGAAGGCGUUUCACUUCUCAUCCAAGAAGCCAGUUGCCUUUUGAAAAAGCACCUUUGGGAUAACCAUAACCUGGAUGACUGAGAAUCUCCAUAGACACGGUGCACAAGGAGUUAGUUAGAAAUUAAGAUUUGGGGAAAGGGCUGCUCAUUUGGGGGAGAGAAAGAUCUUCUCCCCUUGCUCUUAGCUUAUUGAUUUAUUUUGCUUAAUGGCCAUUGACUGUAGAAUCCUCCAACACAUUCUGUUUCAAUGCCAGCUUGUUCACAUUUCCCCUGUCCAUGAUCAUUGAGAGCUAAGUAGCUUACCCACAUAUCUUCCAAAUAAGAGAGAAACACCAGGGAAGUGGAGAAAAUCCCAGACAUUGGAGCACAGCCAAGAAGGAUCUCCCUCCAUACACACUUGAGACUCUUAGUGGAGGCAGACCUAGGAGAAAACUCCUUAUAGAACCGCCAGUAUGGAAGUAUCAUCUUCAGGCUGGCUGUCUGUACACCUUCAGACUUCAUGGGGACAUAGUCUCCUAAGAGAGAAGAGUUCUUGUAUGUGCAUGGAAUAAAAGGUCCUAGGCAAGCCUCCUCAAGAUGCUACUUUCUACGCGCAUUUAAAACACACACACACACACAUAUAACAGUGAAUCAUUCUGCCCUACCUGGCACAGUCCUGGCUGACAGGUUUGCCCAUAGAGGCUUUGACCAAUACAAGUUUUUUCCCGGCAGAUACCUCUUUAAAGAAAUCAGCUUUAGAAAGAUCUGUUUGGUCUUCAUGCUAAUUUAUAGAUGGUUUGUUUUCUGAUAAUUACAAAUAAAGAGGCUGACUGGUUUUGCCAUU